GGGGCGUGGCUGGCGCCGGCUCUUGCGCCCAGGCUGGGCUGCGGCGUGGGAAAGAGUCUGGAGGAGCUGACCGCGCCGCCCCGGGAGCCGCGCUUACAGGAGCCGGGCUGGGAGGGAGGGAGGAGGCCCGCGGGGAGCGCGCUGCGUCCGGCUUGGCGUUGGUGGCUGCUCCUUCUAGCCGCGAUGAAACGCCCUUGCGAGGAGACGACCUCCGAAAGCGAUAUGGAUGAGACCAUCGACGUGGGAAGCGAGAACAAUUACUCUGGGCAAAGCGCAGGCUCAGUGAUGAGGUCAAACUCACCAACAACCACUUCUCAGAUAAUGGCAAGAAAGAAAAGGAGAGGGAUAAUAGAAAAAAGGCGUCGGGAUCGAAUAAAUAACAGUUUAUCUGAGUUGAGACGGCUAGUGCCAACGGCUUUUGAAAAACAAGGAUCUGCUAAGUUGGAAAAGGCUGAAAUAUUGCAAAUGACUGUGGAUCAUUUGAAGAUGCUUCAGGCAACAGGGGGGAAAGGCUACUUUGAUGCCCAUGCUCUUGCCAUGGACUUCAUGAGCAUUGGUUUCCGAGAGUGCUUGACAGAAGUGGCGAGGUACCUGAGCUCAGUGGAAGGCCUUGACUCAUCAGAUCCACUGCGAGUGCGCCUUGUCUCUCAUCUCAGCACCUGUGCCUCCCAGCGGGAGGCUGCAGUGAUGACGUCCUCCAUGGCCCACCACCACCACCCCCUGCACCCACACCACUGGGCAGCAGCCUUCCACCAUCUCCCCACAGCCCUGCUCCAACCCAACGGACUCCACACAUCGGAGUCAACCCCAUGUCGCCUAUCCACGUCUUCAGAAGUGCCUCCUGCCCACGGCUCUGCCCUCCUCACAGCGACAUUUGCCCAUGCAGAUUCAGCUCUUCGGAUGCCAUCAACGGGCACCGUUGCACCGUGCGUGCCGCCUCUCUCCACCUCUCUCCUGUCUCUUUCCGCCACUGUGCAUGCCGCUGCCGCAGCGGCCACCGCAGCUGCGCACAGCUUCCCUCUGUCCUUCGCAGGGGCCUUUCCCAUGCUCCCCUCCAACGCAGCAGCCGCAGUUGCUGCUGCAACAGCGAUCAGCCCACCCUUGUCAGUGUCAGCAGCCUCCAGUCCUCAGCAGACAAGCAAUGGAACAAACAGUAAACCUUACCGACCCUGGGGGACAGAAGUUGGAGCCUUUUAAGUUAUUUCUGGCAGUAGUAACUGGAAGUCCAUUUCAGAGUCAGCUUCUAAACCUCUGCACCCUGAAGGUAGCCACGCAGAUACCUACAGAGCCACGCAGCAACAAUAAAGCGAUCUGAGAAGCAAAGUUCACAAACGGAAAUGUAUUAUCUGUUUUUCACUUUGUCUAAGGCAGCUUGGCAACUGACAUCAGCAGCUUAAAAACGUCACAUCUGUUUCCAUUUAACCUUUCCCGGAAAAUAUAUGGAGGUCACCAUCCAGCGGUGCACCAAUACUUCUGACUUGGAAAAGAAAAAAAAUGCCAUAACUGAAUUCUCCUGAAACAGAAAGGGAGAAAAAAUAUAUAUAUACAAUGUUAUCUAAGUGCCUGAGCUAAGGAAUGUAAUGUAGCACAAGAUCAGAAGGGCAUGGCUGUUAGGUUGAAAAAGGAGGGAACAGACAACAUGUUUUAAACGGCAGACAUAGUACUCUUUUGAAAACAACAGGUUUUAUUGACCAUAAAGAUUGAUGGGAAUUAAGUUGCAAGACAUAGUUUUGUCUUUGUCUUCUGUAAACAGACUUGCCAAGCAGGGAUAUUUAGCAAUGCAUUGAUGCAAAGAACAAUUCCACUAGUGCCCAAUUUAGCAAUGCAUUGAUGCAAAGAACAAUUCCACUAGUGCCCACAUCAACAGGCCUUUCUGCUCUGCCGUCAAGCUCCCAUGCACUCUAGUGAGACGUGGUUUAGGACCCAAUGGCUCUUUCUGUAAACUUACAGCUGUACAGUGCACCUCGAAGCAGUUACCUGCUGUGUGCUCACCAGAGUCUCAUUGGUGCCAACUCAACAACUCUUCAGUUGGCAAGUUCAGAUUAAUUUAUUCCGUUACAUUUGGGCUAUGCUUAUACACUUAACUUCUUCAGUUUUCUCCUGACAACAUGUAAUGUCUGGUUUUGCCCCUUUUUGUGGUGGGGAGGGGAAUGUUGUAUUUCUGGAGGUAAUGAGAUAAGGACAGAGGAUUCAGGAGAGAAACGCUACAUGCUUUAAAUGCCCUUGGUCAACUUAGCGAUUGCAUUUGAUCCCAAACCACAAUGAAUGUAUGCAAUGAAGUGUACAUAAAUUAUUUUUGACCAUGCCUAGAUUAGAGCUACAUAAUGGUGUUUUGGUUUUGAUUUUUUUAUCUUGUUUAAAUGACAAAAUAAUCUCCUAAUACAUUGAAAUUGAGCACGUGAGAUUUUAUAUUCGAAAGACAAAGACACAGCAUGUACUCUUAUGCACUUCAUUUCUCUGCUGUGUGGAGAAAGCAAUAAAUGAGAAUGUUGAACGUUAUGCAAAGUUAUACUCAUAAAUAUCUGUUUUAAAAUUACUGUACCUAGUCUUUUCUGCAUUACUUUGUAACCUUUUUCUAUGCAAAACUCUACAUUUCACUAAUUAAAUGAAGUCCUUUUUUGACUA